CGCGUGCACAAUCUCCGUUGUCCCGACGAUGUGAAAUCCCGGCUUGGCUCCUGUCGAUUGCAGAGCUAAAGGCUUUCCAAAACACCGUUCCCUGGCACACCAACUAAUAACUGUAAAGCUGCCAGUGCAGGAAUGAGGUUUAAUCACACCUGUAAACUACCUGGAAGAAUUAUGGGGAUCCGGCUACUUCACUUCUCUUCCGUCGUGAUCCUGUUGUUGCUCCUUGUGGCAGGCGCGUUAACUGCUUUGCUGCCAAAUAUUAAGGAAGACAAAAUGCUCAAUUUGCGGAGGGAAAGAAAAUCUCAGAGCCAGAUCGCCUCGGAUUCCUUUACUCUCAUUAUGCAGACGUACAAUCGAACCGACCUUCUGCUGAAGCUUUUGAAUCAUUAUCAAGCUAUCCCUCAUUUGCACAAAGUGAUUGUUGUAUGGAAUAACAUUGGAGAGAAAGCCCCUGAGGAAAUUUGGAACUCGCUGGGACCACACCCUGUCCCAGUUAUCUUCAAGACACAAACAGUAAAUCGCAUGAGGAACAGGCUUCAGGUUUUUCCUGAGCUGGAAACAAAAGCUAUUUUGAUGAUGGAUGAUGAUACCCUAGUUAGCGCCCAUGACCUAGUUUUCGCUUUCUCCAUUUGGCAGCAAUUCCCAGAUCAGAUAGUGGGUUUUGUUCCUCGAAAGCACUUGCCCAGCUCUUCGGGGAUAUACAGUUACGGAAGCUUCGAACUGCAGAGUCCUGGCAAUGGCAAUGGAGACCAGUAUUCCAUGAUUCUCGUAGGAGCAGCCUUCUUCAGCAGUGAAUACCUCGAACUCUUUCAAAAACAGCCUGAAGCUGUGCACGCCAUGAUAGACGAGACUCAGAACUGUGAUGAUAUUGCCAUGAAUUUCUUAGUGGCCAAAUAUACUGGGAAGCCCCCAGGCAUGUUUGUGAAGCCAGUCGACAUCAGGAAUUUGGAGAAAGAGAGUAAUAGCGGCUAUUCUGGAAUGUGGCAUCGGGCAGAGCACUUGCUCCAGAGGUCCUACUGCCUCAACAAAUUGGUUAGCAUCUAUGGCAACAUGCCCUUGAAAUACUCCAACAUCAUGAUUUCUCAGUUUGGCUUUCCAAACUAUGCUAAUCACAAGAACAAAAUGUAAGGACACGAUGCAAGGAAAUGCUUGACAUGCUUCCCAGCCAUUCAAACGGUAAGCUAAACAGAAGAAGGGUGUACCUUAUUCAGAGCUUGUAUCUGCAAAAGCUCUUUGAGGAUGUGAGGUCUGGUAGAACAUCCCUUCUUUCUGCUCAGCAUGCAAAAACCUUCAGUUGGAAUAGAAACAGCAAAUAGUCUUGUGGCUCCUUAACAACUCACAAAUUUAUUGCGGCCUCAGCUUUUGUGGACCACUGUCCACCUCAUCUGUCGUAUCAAGUGCCGUCCUGAGUUACAGGUAUAUAUAUAUAUCUUCUUGGCUUUGUCAUUUAUCCCUCGCUCAGUAACCGGUCGCCAAACUACCCACAUGAAGAUAGAGUAUGCCAGAAAUACAGGUGCGUUUGCGUGAUCAGUGUCGCUAACACAUCUCUAGCAGAAGUUGAAAGUCUGCAGAAAAACGUAUUCCUUGCCAACCUCGCCACAUAGAUAUGUGUCAGCAUUUGUGACCUGAAAGAAAGGACCAAUUUUCAUGAAGUUUCCCCAACAGUUCUUAUUCAUCAGGGACAAGCAGGCCAAUCGCUAUUUGCAAGUCUCUGUGUGACGCUUCAUUUGCAGACAAUAUUCCAGUGUUGCUUGUAAGAGUAUAAGAAGUGCCCUCUUGCAUCAGGCGAGAGGCCCAUCUAGUUCAGCACCCUGUUCUCACAGUGUCUCACCAGAUGCCUAUGGGAAAUCCACAAACAGGACAUGAGCACAACAUCACCCUUAUGUUCCCAAGCAACUGGUAUCCAUAGACAUACCAUUCUGAUGCUGGAGUCAGAACAUAGCCAUUACGACUACUGGUCAAUGAUAGCCCAAAUUCAAGAUUGGGCUAAUCCCCCUUUUGAACCCUUUCAAAUUGGUAGCUAUAACUACAUCUUGUGGAAUUGAUUUCCAUAUUUUUAACCACCUGCUGUGCGAGGAAGUCCUUCCAUUUGCCUGUCCUGAACAGUAGUGUAGCAGCAAAUCCAGAAGUCCUUUCAUGACAGUCGCAGCCAAUCAUGAACAAGGUUCUAUAAUUAUACUGUCAUCUUAUUAUGAUACAAUAAAUAACGAUUAGGGAUACAGUACAACAAUCUGUGCAGAUCUCUCUGGGUUGCCUUUCAGCUAGGUCUGCUAGGUUCUGUGCACAUAUAUGGGCAAAUGAUUUGCUGUGCUGCAAUAUCUUAUUUUGGAGGGACUUGGGUUGUGUUUUUCUUGAAGUUCCAUUGUACAUAUUGGAACGUGCACACCAUAACCUUUAAACUGAAGCACCUUUUGUUUUCAGUGUUCCUAAAUGCUUAGCUUUGGAGCAUACAGAACAAUUCAGUGUUCUCGCACACCUUCUCAAGAGUAGGGCUAGGCAUAUAUUGAUAUAUUGUCCAAAACCAGCUUGAGGUCCAUAUCAUGGUAUCGGUUUCAUAAUUUUUGACCUGCAUUAAAUCACAAAUCGUGUGUGUGUGUGUCUGCGUGUCUGCACGCUAUGCAAAAUGAAGGGAAAACCGUUAAGCCAGCCAUGCCUCUGCAUAGCUCCAUCCUGAUUUCAGACAUUAAGAUAAAUCAGUAGAUCAUGAUGUUUAGCCUGUGAUAUAUCACGAUGUUGAAAACUAGAUAUCACCCAGCCCUAGUCAAGAGAGACCCUAGUAGCCAAUCCUCAGUGGAUGACUCUCCUCCUUUCACACUCUGCUGAUUGGAGCCAAUCAAAGGAUGAGAAGACUUCUUCUCAGUGGCUAAAAAGCAGCCCUUUCGUGCUGAUUGGGCACCUCUAGGAUACUGGAGACAAGACACCCUAUUGGACCCCAAACCACUACACUUCUGGUCCUGUAUCUUCCAACAUUCCUCUUCACUGGAUGGCCCUGAAGUUCUAGUAUACGAGAGGAAAAGGGGGGGGGCUUAUCCCUCUUUACUUUCUCCACACGCAAACUCGCUUUUCUAAACUAAAAUACAUUUCUCCUCCAAAAUAAAAGAAAUAAAAAGUAGGUCCAAUUAUUCAAAGCCAAUCUGCACAUUUCUUCACUUGUGAGCAUGUGAGAUCUUUUUCCUCUGCUCCCUUGAAUGUAUUUGCUUUAGCGACACUUGUUUGCAAUUUGAGAUCGCUUUGCUGUACUUCUCAAGCUAAGGGCUGCAGUGAAUUGUUUGCUGAGUUUUCAGAUUCUGGCAUAACUAUAGAACAUCUCCGGGAUCGUACAACUUGUGCUUUGCUUGCUGUACUUGAGUUUGAAAUGUUCCCGUGUCUCCCAACGCAAGUGAGAGAUGAGGACCAAAAUGCAGUUUGCAGCUUGGGUCUCUUCCAAAUAUCCUGUGAAGGCCAGCUUUGUUGUUUGGUCGUUUAGUCGUCCGACUCUUCGUGACCCCAUGGACCAGAGCACGCCAAGCACUCCUGUCUUCCACUGCCUCCCGCAGUUUGGUCAGACUCACGUUGGUGGCUUCGAGAACACUGUCCAACCAUCUCGUCCUCUGUCGUCCCCUUCUCGUGCCCUCAAUCUUUCCCAACAUCAGGGUCUUUUCCAGGGAGUCUUCUCUUCUCAUGAGGUGGCCAAAGUAUUGGAGCCUCAGGUGGGAAUCUUUGCAGGGAAAUCGGAAAGCAAGAUGGGGAGAAGUCAGCACAACAGAGAGGCAUAACGAAAGCAGGAGGGAAAGUAUUUCUGGGUCACUGUCUUAUUCUCGUCUGUCACUUUGUGUUCAGUUACAUACAUGCCACUGGUGCCGAGGCUUGGAAGCCAGAGUAUCCCUAUGUGCACAGCCAUGGGUGGUGGUUUAUUUUCUUUGUUAACAGCAUCAACACUCUGCAAACAUACGAGCUACAUUUUUAACCUCCACGAUGUUUAAACACACAUUAACUGUUCAGAACAAACGUGCUGCACUUUUAAAAAGGGGGGUAGAAACAUCCAGUUGUACACAUGAAGUUCUCUCGACUUGAUCAGCGGGGCCAAGCAUGCAUAAGCAUGUUGAAUUGCAGCCCACAUCCAUAGUGUAUAUCCGCUACAAUGGUGGCCCUCCUGCAACUUGCACCAAUCUAAACCUUGCCUACAUACACCGCAAGACCCGCUGCAAAAACAGCAAUUUGCACUGAGCAUCUGAUAGGUUACACCCAACCUGUAGAUCAAUUGCAUUUCUUUGUACAGUGCCACAAGUGUGUAUUCAGUGCCAUGCAGAUGUCUGAAAUUAGCAUAUUGCUUCCAACAGGAAUUAAAACAAUUAAAAAUGUUGCUGCCUGGCUCUGGAAUGAGAGCUAUGCUGCCCUGUAUAUUAAGGUGCCAUAUUUUCUAGUUCCAUUCCUUCAAACAAGCUUACUUUUAGGUCAGAGUGUUGCGUUUCUGUUUCUGUACUCAGUUCAAAAAAUGAGCCAUUAAUGUACUGCAGUGUUGAAAAUAUUUCUAUUAGCGAAUACAGUGGCAGCUAGUUACAGAUGUGGCUGUCUAGUUGGAUUGUAUUUGAUGAAAACUCUUUCUCUUCCCCAUCCCUCAGGUUUUCUGUGUUUUGCUCUUUUAUAUUCACAUGCUGUUGGGUUGUGUGUUUUUUGUUUUGUUUUGUUUGUUCUCUUUAUUUUCUAACCCCAAAAAGUAAAUAAAGAUGUGUAAUGAUGAUA